ACUUUUCUGACAUCUUGUUAAAUACAAGGUCCACUCAGGUCCAUCAUUCAAACCAGCUAAAGUGUAGAACAGACGUGUAUGUCUCUUCGGAUAAAAUACAUAUUAAUUCGGAGUGUUGAAUUUAUAAAUAUUUGCUACAGUUUCUACUAUCGAAAUGAUUUUAGCAAUAAUAUUGUUACUAGUGAUUUUUAUAAUAACAUUUUCGUUUCUACUGGGCUCCUACAAUGAGUCUUACUGGGCAAAACGAAACGUUAAAUACCAUGGCGGGAAAAAUGCCAUAGCAACAUUCUCAGAGUUUUUGUUCACUAGCCGUGGCAUUUUCGAUAUAUUCGGUGACAUUUACAAGCUGUACCCUGAAGAACCUGCAGUGGCCACGCCGUCGCUGCUACAACCGGCUUUAUUCGUCAAACAUCCGGAAAACAUACAACAUGUGCUGACAGACAAUUUUAAAAACUUUUACCACAGAGGUGUUGAAAUCGCUAAGAAAGAUAAACUAGCACAAAAUGUACUUUUCCUGAACGGCAGUCGGUGGAAACUUAUGAGACAAAAAAUGACGCCGCUGUUCACUAGUGCAAAGCUGAAGAACAUGCACUACAUCAUAGACAGAUGUGCCCAGGACUACAUCGGUUAUCUGAAAGAACAUGUCAACGAUAAAAAUGCUAAUGCAUUCGAAACAUUAUCUGUGUACAGCUGCUCAUCGCUACUAGCCCCGAUAUUCGGAAUCCACAGCGGACAGUCAACGGUGACUUCACCGCUUCUAAAUAUGGCGAGAAAUGCCACGAAACCGACUUUGAAAGCAAAUUUAAAAUUCAUUUUGAACUCUUUAUCGCCGAAAGUCUUCCAAAUGCUGGGACUUAGUUUCUUUGGCGAAUAUGAGGAACAGUUCAUCGGCGCGAUCAGUCAAGUGAUAAGACAACGUAAGGAAGAAAAUGUGAAAAAGCACGAUUUUGCUGACAUUGCUGUGAGUUUGCAGAAUGCUGGUACGAUGAAAGACGAAUCCAGCGGCUGUGAAAUAGAGCCAACGGAUGAGGUUCUAGCUGCACAAGCGUUCUUCUUCCUUAUAGCGGGAGUAGAUCCAGUAACAAUGGGUAUUUAUGGAACAUUAUUUGAAUUAGCUAAGCGCCCUGACAUACUAAAACAAGUUCAAGAAGAAAUCGAUGGUGCUUUUGAAAACAACACUGAAAUAGGUUAUGACGUUAUUGGCACAAUGGAAUACUUGACAAAGGUGCUUGAAGAAUCUUUACGUUUACAUCCACCGAUUUCGCUGCUGAGUCGAGAAUGCAUGGGGGAAUCAAUCCUGCCCGUUGGAAAUAUAAGAGUUUCAAAGGGAACCAGGAUCGACAUACCAAUACUGGCCAUCCAUCAUGACCCGAAAUAUUAUCCAGAUCCAGAUGUGUUUGACCCUGAAAGGUUUUCAGCUGAAAACAAGAACUCUAGACCAAACAUGACUUUUAUGCCUUUUGGUGAAGGAGGUCGGCUUUGCAUAGGUCAACGUUUUGCGUAUCUGCAGAUGAAAACUGGCCUAGCUCACAUCCUACGCAACUUCACUGUCAAGGUGGAUGACGUUACAAAGAAGAUGACCUAUUUGAAAUCGUCCCUCAUCAUAAGACCUGCCAAUGAUAUAAAUUUCACAUUUGUACCAAGGAAUAAAGAGUGAAUUAUGCUAAUAUGUGGCGGUGAUAAUGAGGAUUAGAGCUGUACUAGAUUUUUUUUCACUGUAGAUUAUAACUUCAACUGCAUCUGCAAGGGGUUUUUAUCGAAGUAGAUAAACGUCACUAUAUCGCGUUCGUCGUUUAUCGAUAUCGAUUAUGAACCUGCAGCUGCAGAUGUUUUUUUUUAUAAAUUUUGUAAACGUUAUACGUAGAGUGAUACCUCACUCGCAAAGACUUACUCCAUGUAAGUUUCUGAUUAGUUUAGUUAUAAUUUUAGUAUCUAUUUAUCAUGCACAAUUACUUACUUACUUACUCCGCUGGCUCAGCGACCCGAAGUGGAUCUUGGCCUCAGACACAAGAAGUCGCCACUGGUCUCUAUCCUGCGCAGUCGCUCUCCAGUCGCCUGCCUGUAGUUGGCGCAGGUCCUUGCCGAUUUCAUCGCUCCAGCGAUAUAUCAUGCACAAUUAAUUUAUCAUAAUGUUGAAGAAAUCAAUUCUAUUAUCUAUCUAUCGUGAAUAAACUAAUUCUAUUCUAUUAAUUAUAUUCUAUAAGAGGAAAGAAACAAAUAUAAAGUAAAGCUAGGUAUAUUUAUAAUGUUUACCUUUGUAAAUAAAGCAAAACUGCCUGAUUAUGAUUAGGUAUUGUAUUCAUAUGUGAGCAUUUCAUAAAAAAAAUACAAAAAUUUAUCAUUUUAUAAGUAGAGUAUGUGUAUAAUCUUCUUACUCUUUAGUAUAUACCGAACUGAUUGUAAUUUAUAAAUGAAAUACUUCUAAGUACCUAAUUAAAUAAAUGAUUCAAAAACAGA